CGAGUGCUAGCGCCCCUGCGGUGGCUGCGGCGCCGGAGCCCGAGGACAUCGGCUCCACGGGCAGAAAGCGCACGGGAAGGAACAGGAGGCGGCUCGCCGGCCGGCCGGCCGAGCAUUCAGGUGGAAAUGAGUUCUCAGCAGUUUCCUCGGCUAGGAACCCCUUCUGCUGGGCUUAGCCAGACCCCAUCACAGAUUGCAAAUAGUGGUUCUGCAGGAUUGAUAAACCCAGUUGCCACAGUGAAUGAUGAGUCUGGCCGAGAUGCUGAAGUCGGUCCCAGAGAGCACGUGGGCCCCAGCAGUUCCCUGCCACCCCGGGAAGAGAAGCAGGAGCCAGUGGUAGUAAGGCCCUAUCCCCAGGUGCAGAUGCUGCCUGCACAGCAUGCCGUUGCAUCGGCCGCUCCUGUUGCAGUGACAGCUCCUCCAGCACACCUGACUCCAGCAGUGCCACUCUCUUUUUCCGAAGGACUUAUGAAGCCGCCCCCGAAGCCCACCAUGCCUAGCAGACCCAUUGCUCCUGCUCCACCUUCUACCUUGUCACUUCCUCCUAAGGUUCCAGGGCAGGUUACAGUUACCAUGGAGAGUAGCAUCCCUCAAGCUUCAGCUAUUCCUGUGGCAACAAUCAGUGGACAACAGGGACAUCCCAGUAAUUUGCACCACAUUAUGACCACAAACGUGCAGAUGUCUAUCAUCCGCAGCAAUGCUCCUGGGCCCCCUCUUCACAUUGGAGCUUCCCAUUUACCUCGAGGUGCAGCUGCUGCUGCUGUGAUGUCUAGUUCUAAAGUAACCACGGUCCUGAGGCCAACUUCGCAAUUGCCAAAUGCUGCUACGGCACAACCAGCGGUGCAGCACCUCAUUCACCAGCCAAUCCAGUCUCGUCCACCUGUGACCACCUCUAAUACGAUCCCUCCUGCUGUGGUAGCAACUGUAUCAGCCACCAGAGCUCAGUCUCCUGUCAUCACCACAACAGCAGCACAUGCUACUGACUCAGCCCUGAGUCGGCCAGCUUUAUCUAUCCAGCACCCACCAUCUGCAGCAGUUAGUAUUCAGCGUCCUGCCCACUCUCGGGAUGUGACAACUAGAAUUACACUGCCAUCUCAUCCUGCGCUAGGGACGCCAAAACAGCAGCUUCACACGAUGGCUCAGAAAACCAUCUUCAGUACUGGCACACCUGUGGCUGCAGCUACAGUCGCACCUAUUUUGGCAACCAACACCCUUCCUUCAGCAACCACAGCCGGAUCUGUAUCGCAUACACAAGCUCCCACAAGUACAAUUGUUACCAUGACAAUGCCCUCCCAUUCAUCCCAUGCUACAGCUGUGACCACCUCAAAUAUCCCAGUUGCUAAGGUGGUGCCUCAGCAGAUCACACACACUUCUCCUCGGAUCCAGCCUGAUUACCCUGCAGAGAGGAGUAGCCUGAUUCCCAUUUCAGGACAUCGGGCCUCUCCAAAUCCAGUGGCCAUGGAAACCCGAAGUGACAACAGACCAUCUGUUCCUGUUCAGUUCCAGUAUUUUUUGCCAACUUACCCACCCUCUGCAUACCCAUUGGCUGCACACACCUACACCCCGAUCACCAGUUCUGUGUCCACUAUCCGCCAGUACCCAGUUUCAGCUCAGGCUCCAAACUCGGCUAUCACAGCUCAGACUGGUGUAGGGGUGGCAUCCACAGUCCACUUGAACCCCAUGCAGUUGAUGACAGUGGACGCAUCUCAUGCUCGACAUAUCCAGGGGAUCCAGCCAGCACCUAUCAGUACACAGGGAAUCCAGCCAGCCCCCAUUGGGACACCAGGGAUCCAGCCAGCACCAAUUGGCACGCAGGGAAUCCACUCAGCAACCCCAAUGAGCACACAGGGGCUUCAGCCUGCAACAAUGGGUAGUCAGCAGCCGCAGCCUGAAGGAAAGACCUCAGCAGUGGUAUUGGCAGAUGGAGCCACCAUUGUAGCCAAUCCUAUUAGUAAUCCAUUCAGCGCUGCUCCAGCAGCAACGACUGUGGUGCAGACCCACAGCCAGAGCGCCAGCACCAAUGCUCCAGCCCAGGGCUCGUCUCCCCGCCCCAGCAUCCUCCGGAAGAAACCUGCCACAGAUGGAAUGGCAGUUCGGAAAACCCUUAUUCCUCCUCAGCCUCCUGAAGGAGCUAGUCCUCGAGUGGAAAGCUCUGUGCGGAGUACAUCAGGGUCACCUAGACCUGCAGGUGCCAAACCUAAGUCUGAAAUCCACGUAUCUAUGGCCACUCCAGUCACCAUGCCCAUGGAGACUGUGUCCAGUCAAAAUAAUGAGCAACCUACCAUUGCAGUCCCACCCACUGCCCAGCAGCCUCCACCAACCAUUCCAACCUUGAUUGCAGCAGCCAGUCCCCCAUCCCAACCUGCCGUUGCCCUUCCAACCAUUCCUGGAGCAGUCCCCGUCACUCCACCCGUCACUACUAUUGCAGCCGCACCACCGCCAUCAGCCAGUGUGGGUGGCACUCUCUCCACUGUUCUGGGACCUCCUGUUCCUGAGAUCAAAGUGAAAGAAGAAGUAGAGCCAGUGGACAUCAUGAGGCCAGUUUCUGAUGUGUGUACUCCAUCUCUGACAGCAGUUCCUCCUCUCGCUACCAACACUGUGUCUCCAUCUCUUGCAUUGCUGGCGAACAACUUGUCCAUGCCUACAAGUGACCUACCACCUGGUGCCUCCCCAAGGAAAAAGCCUCGAAAGCAGCAACACGUGAUCUCCACAGAAGAAGGUGACAUGAUGGAGACAAACAGCACUGAUGAUGAGAAAUCUACUGCCAAGAGCCUGUUGGUGAAGGCGGAGAAACGCAAGUCUCCUCCCAAAGAGUAUAUUGAUGAGGAAGGUGUGAGGUAUGUCCCAGUGCGCCCAAGACCUCCCAUUACUUUGCUUCGUCACUAUCGGAACCCCUGGAAAGCUGCUUACCACCACUUUCAGAGGUACAGUGACGUCCGGGUCAAAGAGGAGAAGAAAGCUAUGCUGCAGGAAAUAGCUAACCAGAAAGGUGUAUCGUGUCGUGCUCAAGGCUGGAAAGUCCACCUCUGUGCUGCCCAGUUACUACAGCUGACAAAUCUAGAACAUGAUGUUUAUGAAAGACUUACCAACCUACAAGAAGGGAUUAUCCCAAAGAAGAAAGCAGCAACUGAUGACGAUCUGCACCGCAUCAAUGAGCUCAUACAGGGAAACAUGCAGAGGUGUAAACUGGUGAUGGACCAAAUCAGUGAGGCCAGAGACUCCAUGCUUAAGGUGUUAGAUCAUAAAGAUCGGGUCUUGAAGCUUCUCAACAAGAAUGGGACUGUCAAGAAAGUGUCAAAAUUAAAGCGCAAGGAAAAAGUCUAAAUCUACAAGAAUCAGGACGGAAACAGAAUUUAUGAAGAAUGAUAGUGUGGGGGUGGGGGGUUGGCUAUUUUCAAAAUGGAACAUUGAAAUAAAGGAAGUUUUCCUUUUCACACAAGAAAGAGGGACCCCAGCAUCCAGCAGCACAGAAGGACCACAGCUGAGCUGACAUGGUGAGCCCCAUUCUUUCUUGUGACACCUGCUGUGUGACUCCUGACUUGCAGUGACACAGGUCUCUGGCUGGGGUUUCAGCCACCAGUUUAAGACUUGUGUUUGGUGGAUUCCUGCAGGACCCAUGCUGAGCCUGGACUUGAGUAUCCACUUGGACCAUCCAUCUGUUAACGCUCUACACUGAAAAGAAAACCUCUUCUCAACCCCAGUCAGUUCUUCUAUUUGACUGUCAAAUGCCCAAGUUGGCCUUUUCCAGUAGUGCCAUGGCACCAUGAGAGCUGCCACGUCUCACACUAAAGGGUUCCAACUAUUAACUACUCUCUUUUUUUUUUUUUUUUCAAAGAAGCAUUUCCAAGUGAAGUUGUUACAUUGUCUGUCCUGCGUGUGAGAACUGGAUUGUGCAGGUCCAGAGCAGGCAACACUUAAGUUGCUCUGAGAUCCUGUUCUGAAGUACAUUCUUGGUCUCUGUACUUCCGUAGCUGGUGUGAUGCUGUUAAUCGUAUGUACCACACAUCUCCAAAUGUUAAUAAAGGACUUGAAGAGGUUUUUGUA